AUGCCAACCCCAUUCGAUAUUCUGAUCAUCGGCGGUGGACCUGCCGGUCUCAGCACAGCAUCAUCCAUCGUUCGCCAGAGCCAUCCCACCCUUAUAAUCGAUUCCGGCAAAUAUUGUAACGACAAUCGUUACAUGCAUACAAUUCCGACUUGGGAUCAUGCCCCGGCUGGUGAUUUCCGUGCCGCGGCUAGAAAAGAUUUCGACCGUUACAAUACCGUACAAUUUGAGGACCGCGAGGUUUCCACUGUCAAGAAAAUUGAAUCUGGAUCUUUUCAGGUCACCUGCACUAAUGGAAUGAUUUUUGAAGGCCAUAAAUUUGUGUUGGCUACGGGUGUUGUCGAUGUCCUGCCCAUGAUUGAGGGCUAUGCUGAAUGUUGGGCUAUGGGCAUUUUUCAUUGUCUCUACUGUCACGGAUGGGAAGAGAGAGAUGUACUUUCAUCGGGUAUUCUUGCCGAGGGAGAAAUUGCAAAUGUCAUUAUAUCACUACAUGUAGCACGACAAGCACUUCGACUCUCGCGCAAAACCACCAUCUACAAGCUCGGCAACCAACAACUAGCAUAUAUCAAACUUACUAGGGAGCCGCGUACUGCUGUGUUGAAGCGAUAG